AGCUACCGGAUCGGUCCGAGAUGGCAGAGGUGGAGGAGACACUGAAGCGACUUCAGAGCCAGAAGGGCGUGCAGGGAAUCAUCGUGGUGAACACAGAAGGCAUUCCCAUCAAGAGCACCAUGGACAAUCCCACCACCACACAGUACGCCAACCUCAUGCACAACUUCAUCUUGAAGGCCCGGAGCACCGUGCGUGAAAUUGACCCCCAGAAUGACCUCACCUUCCUUCGAAUUCGCUCCAAGAAAAAUGAAAUUAUGGUUGCACCAGAUAAAGACUAUUUCCUGAUUGUGAUUCAGAAUCCAACCGAAUAAGCCGCUCUCUUGGCUCCCUGCGUCAUUCCUUAAUUUAAUGCCCCUCAAGAAUAAUAGCGUUAAUCGUGUCAACUGACAUGGAAGUCCUCUUAGAGCCCUCUCAGACCAACCCGGCUGCAGCUCCACCUGCCCCACCAAAGUCAUCCCUCUGCUGGCCAGUCGCACCUGAUUUUCCAGGAGGAAAAUCCCAUCCAGGUUUACAGAGCAAGAGAUUGUGAGAAGCCCACACACCCUGUUUCCUUCUGACUUUGAGUUCACUUUGUUGCUCUUGGAAAAGGCUGUUUUUCUUUAACUAAAAAUAACCAG